AUGCUGUCUCACGCCGACCUCCUGGACGCCAGGCUAGGUAUGAAAGAUGCCGCCGAGCUUCUGGGCCACCGGGAGGCGGUGAAGUGUAGGCUGGGCGUGGGGGGCUCCGACCCCGGGGGCCAUCCGGGGGACCUAGCGCCCAACUCCGACCCAGUCGAGGGAGCCACUCUGCUGCCCGGGGAGGACAUCACCACAGUGGGCUCUACGCCGGCCUCUCUGGCGGUGAGCUCAAAGGACCCGGACAAGCAGCCGGGGCCCCAAGGUGGCCCGAACCCCAGCCAAGCAGGUCAGCAGCAGGGCCAACAGAAGCAGAAGCGCCACCGGACGCGCUUCACCCCGGCGCAGCUCAACGAGUUGGAGAGGAGCUUCGCCAAGACUCACUACCCCGACAUCUUCAUGCGCGAGGAGCUGGCGCUGCGUAUCGGGCUGACGGAGUCCCGAGUGCAGGUCUGGUUCCAGAACCGGCGCGCUAAGUGGAAGAAGCGCAAGAAGACCACCAACGUGUUCCGUGCGCCGGGGACGCUGCUGCCCACGCCAGGCCUGCCUCAGUUCCCGUCGGCCGCCGCCGCCGCCGCCGCCGCCAUGGGCGACAGCCUGUGCUCUUUCCAUGCCAACGACACCCGCUGGGCGGCAGCCGCCAUGCCGGGAGUGUCGCAGCUGCCGCUGCCGCCGGCGCUGGGCAGGCAGCAAGCCAUGGCACAGUCGCUGUCCCAGUGCAGCCUGGCGGCCGGGCCGCCGCCCAACUCCAUGGGCCUGUCCAACAGCUUGGCGGGCUCCAACGGCGCGGGGCUGCAGUCGCACCUCUACCAGCCUGCCUUUCCCGGCAUGGUGCCCGCCUCCCUCCCCGGCCCCAGCAACGUCUCCGGCUCGCCCCAGCUCUGCAGCUCCCCGGACAGCAGCGACGUGUGGCGGGGCACGAGCAUCGCCUCCCUCCGCCGCAAGGCGCUAGAGCACACAGUCUCCAUGAGCUUCACUUAA